CUCUAAUUUCUUCCUUCUCUGUACAAGGUCAAGGACCCUCUCUUCCUUUCCUGACAUUCUCAAGUUAAAGAAAAAGACUGAAAAUGGCAGAAACAGUUCUCUCUUUUGUGUUAGAUCAGCUGUCAAUUUUUCUGCGUGAAGAGGGCAGAUUAUUGGGAGGGCUUCGCCACGAGGUUCAACUCAUCAGCGAUGAGUUGGGGCACAUGAGAGCAUUCCUGAGAGUGGCAGAAACAAAGGAAGAAGAUGCAGAUCCCAGGCUGCAAGAAUGGAUCAAGCAAGUACGAGAAGCCGCUUAUGACACUGAAGAUGUUCUUGAUGAAUUCGUAGCUCGCUUUGCUCACCAUCAUGCAACAGGGUUCUAUGGCUCUGUUAGGAAAAUUUUCAACUCCGUGAAGACUUUGCGAGCUCGUCGUAAGGUUGCUGAGCAAAUACAGAGCAUCAAGGCCAGAGUAAAGAAUAUAUCUGAAGGGCAUCAGAGAUACCAAUCAGAAUUCGGCGGUGCUACCCAAGCGGCGGAGUCUCUUGCUACUGUUAACAACACAACAUGGCGCUAUAGCAGGGAUGAUGCACUUCUCGUGGAAGAAGCUGAACUAGUUGGCAUUGACCACCCCAAACAACAGCUAAUUUCUCAACUACUCGAGAGGGAUGAUUCCCAGCUCAAAGUUGUCUCUGUGGUUGGCAUGGGAGGACUCGGUAAAACUACCUUAGUCAAAAAAGUCCACGAAGAUUUAGGUAUUAGAAGGCAUUUCCCGGUUCGUGCCUUUGUAACUGUCUCUCAACCAUGCAACUUCCAGGAGCUCCUGAAAGACUUGACUCGGCAGUUACACAAUGAUUUGAAGAAACCAGUUCCAGAAUCGAUUGAGACAAUGACUGCAAUUCAGCUGAAACAAUGUGUUAAAGAUUUUCUUCAACAAGCUGGAAGGUAUGCAAUUGUGUUUGAUGAUGUAUGGGAUGUGGAAUUCUGGAAUGCGAUUAGAUUUGCACUGCCCGAAAAUGGCUAUGGCAAUCGCGUCAUGCUAACAACACGAAAAGCCGAUGUAGCCUCUGCAUCUUGCAACAAAUCUCAAGAUUAUGUCUACAAAAUGGUGCCCCUCUCUUUCGAGGAUUCAUGGACCCUAUUUUGCAACAAGAUCUUCAAAGGAAAUGGUUGUCCUGCCCAUCUAACAGAUGUUGCAAAAGGUAUAUUGGGGAAAUGUCAGGGAUUGCCCCUUGCGAUUCUUGCAAUCAGUGGGCUUUUGGCUUUGAAAGACUUGAAUAUUGCAGAGGAAUGGGAGAUAGUUCGACGCAGCCUAGUGGGUGAAUUAGAAGGCUCUGGUAUGCUGGACAGGGUCAAAAAGAUACUUUCUCUCAGUUACAAUGAUCUACCCUCCCAUCUUAAGUCCUGUUUGUUGUAUUUAAGCAUUUAUCCAGAGGAUUUUGAAAUACCUUGUGGUAGACUUGUUCAAUUAUGGUCAGCUGAAAGAUUUGUGGGUAAGAGAGAAGGAAUGACUGUGGAAGAUGUAGGCUACAAUUACCUCAGAGAACUGGUCAAUAGGAGCCUAAUUCAAGUGACCCAAAUUUUUUAUGAAGGAAUCCCCUACGCUUGUCGAAUCCAUGAUCUAGUGCGAGAAAUUGUUCUUUCCAAGGCAAGGGAACAAAAUAUGAUCGCAAUUACUACUGGACAAUACACAAAGUGGUGGUCUGAGAAGGUACGCCGUUUGGUAGUCCAUAGUAGCAGCAACAACACCGAGCAGCACCAAGAAAGCCAAUGUUAUAGCUUUAACCACCUUCGAUCCUUUAUUACGAUUGAAUCCAUGAAUCCACUAAUAUCCAGAACCUUGUUAUCUGAAGUUUUGAAGAGUAGCAGAUUGUUAAAGGUUUUGGAUUUGAGUGAUGAAGAGACAUUGGAGAAAAUCCCAAAUGAGGUUUUCAACUUGUAUCAUCUCAGCAUCUGA